AUGAACUCUUUCGUGUGGGAAAACGUCGACACGCUGCUCAAGAAGCCUCCUGUUGUUGUGGUGAGUAGGACGAGCUGAUUUUGAAGAAUGAGAGCGAUCGAAGCUGUAUCGACGCGCAGCCGGCUCACUUCUGCCAUGCACCCUCCACCAGCCCGAGCCUAUCCCGCCUACCUUGCAUCAUCCCGAGGCUCUGACUCACAAUGGUCAUCUCAUCCUGUGGAUCGUCUUUGGCCUCUUCUCCGUCGGAACUGUGGCUUCCUUUGCCGUGACUUACCGCGAGCCUUAUCGUCGUCGCUUCUUGCCUUCUCUUGGUCUCCUGGUCAACAUUAUCGCCAGUGAGUCGCACCCUUCUCUUGCUCGAGAUCUGGCCCCUCUCUGCAUUUGCCUGACACCCAUUGCUCUUUGGCAGCGAUUGCGUACUUUUGCAUGGCCUCUGGAGUUGGAUCCACCAUUGUUCACUCUGGUGGACCUCGUUCUGCCAAGCGAGAGGUGCGUGGAUGGGGUCGAAGCUUGCACACGCACCUGCAUCAGCUCACACAAUCUUGCGAAAAUGUCAUUUAAAAUGCAGGUCCUCUACGCUCGCUACAUCGACUGGCUCUUCACCACUCCCCUUCUGCUUACCGAGCUGACCUUUUUGGCCGGUCUUCCCGCCGCUGAGAUUGCCAGCACUGUGGUGGCCGAUGUGAUCAUGAUUGUCACUGGUCUUUUGGCAGCUCUGCAUCCUUCCCUUCGUUACCGAUGGGGACUGUUCACAUUCUCCCUGCUCGCUUUCCUCUUUGUGCUCUACUCGCUCGUCGGCAAUGCCAGAUCCAACGCUUUCCUGCGCGGCAACAAGGUGAGUGCACAAGGCCUAGUCCUGCAGAAGUUCCCAAAAAAAAAAACAACAGAAUAAUAAUAAUGAUCAAUUUGUUCUUGCACUUUACUUGCUUAGGUCGGAACGCUCUACAACUACUUGUCAGGCGUGCUUGUCGUUGCCUGGUCUGCGUACGUCGUUGUUUGGGUACUUGGCGAGGUGAGUGGGACGCUCGGAGGGUAUCAGUACGCUACUUGAAGAUAGGGGCACGUCGCGCUGACCGGACGAUGUGGACAAUGUGCAGGGUACGGGCAUCAUCUCUGCCGACUCCGAGGUGCUCGCCUACGGCAUUCGUGAGUUGCGAGGUAUGAAGCGUUGGGCUCGUAGGAAGGCAGAAGGACUGACUUGAGCCUUUUACGUGCCAUCAGUCGAUGUCCUCGCUAAGCCGGUGUGGGGCCUUGCACUUGUGCUCGCUCUUCCAACGGAGGCUGAGGUACUGCUGCCAGCUUGGGCUGCCACCCCCGGUGGCGGCUACGGUGCUGUUGCAUCUAGCGAGACGGCAGCCUAA